AUGAAUCAAUUUCGUCGCUGGCGGAGGAUUUUGAUCCUCUCGCUGCUAUUGUUAACCGUGUUCGCUCCAAUUGUUUUCGUUUCGAAUCGGCUCAAGAGCAUCACUUCCGUUGAUAGAGGAGAAUUCAUUGAAGAGUUAUCCGACAUUAGAUAUAAGACGAAUGAUCUUAAACUUACCACUAGUGAGCAGGGAGAAGAAGGCUUCACGGAGCCUAAACGAAUUCUGCAGGAUCAGGAGUUUAAACCUGUGGUUUCAUCUGGUUCCUCUGAUAAAAGUCAUGACGCUUCACAGUCUAAUAAGGGAGAGAAAACAACUUUCCUUUCAGAAACUGGAAGCAAUCACAAAACCAAGGAGGAACAAGCAGUAGUUUCACAGCAAACCACAGUAAGCUCUGAUGCAGGGGAGAAAUUUUCAGCAAAAGAUAUUCAGCUUAAUCAUACAACCGAAUUCCAACCCCCUUUAGCUAAGAGUGAAAAGAAUACAAAGAUUCAGCUUGAAAAAGCAACAGAUGUGAGGAUAAAGGAUAUCAGAGACAAAAUCAUCCAAGCGAAAGCCUAUCUGAAUUUGGCCUUACCUGGGAAUAACUCUCAAAUAGUGAAGGAGUUGAGACUUCGAACAAAAGAGCUGGAACGAGCUGUCGGUGAUGCCACCAAAGAUAAACAUUUGUCAAAGAGCUCUCCACAAAGAUUGAAGGCCAUGGAAGUUGCUUUAUACAAGGUCAGUUGUGUCUUUCACAACUGCCCUGCCAUGGCUACCAAACUCCAUGGCAUGACUUAUAAAACAGAAGAACAAGCUCGGGGGCAGAAGAAGCAAGCAGCAUAUUUAAUGCAGCUUGCAGCAAGGACUACUCCAAAAGGGCUUCACUGCCUCUCAAUGCGUUUGACAACAGAAUACUUUACCCUGGAUCAUGAAAAAAGCAAGCCUUUUCAAGAAAGUUAUAACAAUCCUGAUCUCUACCAUUACGUUGUCUUCUCUGACAAUAUUUUGGCCUGUGCGGUUGUUGUAAACUCUACAAUUUCCUCAUCAAAGGAACCGGGGAAAAUAGUAAUCCAUGUGGUGACGGAUUCACUCAACUACCCAUCGAUCUCCAUGUGGUUUAUAUUAAACCCAGAUAACAGAGCUACAAUCCAAAUCCUAAACAUCGACGACAUGAAUGUCCUGCCUUUAGACCAUGCUCAGUUGCUGAUAAAGCAAAACUCAAGCGACCCGCGAUUCAUUUCACCGCUCAACCACGCACGUUUCUAUCUCCCAGAUAUAUUCCCAGGUCUGGACAAGAUCGUACUCUUUGACCACGAUGUAGUAGUUCAAAAAGAUCUAAGCAGACUAUGGAGCCUUGACAUGAAUGGGAAAGUUGUUGGAGCUGUAGAGACUUGUCUCGAAGGUGAACCUUCAUAUCGUUCCAUGGACACAUUCAUUAACUUCUCAGAUGCAUGGGUUGCUCAGAAAUUCGAUCCUAAGGCUUGCACUUGGGCAUUCGGGAUGAAUGUAUUUGAUCUUAAAGAAUGGAGAAGACAGGAUUUGACUUCUAAAUACCUCAAAUACUUCAAACUGGGAGUGAAAAGAGAUCUGUGGAAAGCAGGGAGCUUGCCAAUAGGUUGGUUGACAUUUUCCGGGCAAAUGUUACCAUUGGAGAAGAGAUGGAAUGUGGUUGGGUUAGGUCACGAAUCAGGAGUCAGAGAAAGGGACAUCGAAGAAGCAGCGGUUAUACACUACGACGGGAUCAUGAAACCGUGGCUCGAUAUCGGUAUAGACAAGUACAAGCGGUACUGGAACAUACAUGUAGCUUACCAUCACCCAUACUUACAACGGUGCAACAUCCACGAUUGA